AUGGACGCUGCCCCGGUUGGUGGCUUCUUCGCUGACGACGGAGCAAAGCGCCGUUUCGCAACGGGUGGGGCAGAUGGUCGUGGGGCUGGAGCAGCAAACAUGGCAUCCAUGGGCUCAAGCAUCAUGGGGAUUUGGUCUGACUCGGAAGGAGAUGUGUCAUCCGCUGUCUCAGCUUCCAGUCCUGCUGAAACUUCAGCAGCCAAGUUCGCUUCCGACUCGGCUCUUGUCGAGUCGACUGCAUGUUCUGGCAAGCCUUGUAAAGCUACAUUGGAAUCCACUGAGUCAGUGGCAUCUCCCUUUUCGCUUCCUCCAGUCGGAAAAUAA